ACUUCAGCUCCAAGGUGGAGUUUUGCUCAUCUGUCAUGAUGUAUGACAGUCCUUAUGUAGCUGCCUCUGUAAAGUUUAAUGUCAGAUUUUACUUAUUGAUAGCACCAUCACAACGCUACAUGGGUUACCCCAAAAUAAUAGUGUUUACAUUGUUUAAGUCACUUUAUGUUUUAGAGCAUGGAUAUCAUUGUUUGCUUUGUUCAGCUGUUCAGUUAUAGGUCAAAAUAAUCUGUUUACAUUCUACUUUUAAUGUGAUAAGGGCCAAGAUUACAACGUGUGUGAGUUUUACAGUGGAAAUGUGUUUGACAUGUGUUACUGACAAGGAAAAGAUUACUGAGCUUUUCCUCUACUUGCAUAAUGUUGUCGUGACUUCUCCACGAUCUCCACCAGCAUUGAAAAUUUGAAGGAGAAAAUGCGGUUGGUCCUAGCUGACUCCUUGCAGUCUCUACAUGGCAUUAACACAGCCACUGUAACUCCAACAUGAAGUUACAUUUUUAAGGAAAUGCCCAUUGGUCACUAUGCCUAAGCCCAGUAAAUGCACAAGUAUAAAUCCAGCUUUACAGCCCAAAUCCUUGUUUACAUCACACGAGAUUCCAAUUGCAUGGCAUGGGCACCUGAACCAAUGAAAGAAAAGAGAGAAAAAAAAACUGGUGAAACCUACCUGUCUGAUUUUUUUCUUAUUUAUAUUGCCUUAUGUGGUGAUAAGAGUGAUGACAUGUUAUAGUCUUAAAGCAAAAGAAAAUUGUGUUGUCAGAUUAAUCCAGUUAAGAGGAUUUUAUAUCCUUUUUAAGUCUGAAUGUAUACAAAUGUGCCUUUGACAUCAUGCUCUUCACUUUUAUAAUACUACUUAUGAGUUUUUGUAUUGUUCAGUUUACAUCAGAAUACAUCUAAAACUGUAUUGCUUGCAUUCAGAAUAUAAAAUAUGUUUUAAAGGGCAGAAUCCCACAAUAUAUCACAAUCUGGCACCCUCUCAAAUCACACCUUGCACAAAGUACACUUCCUGAGUUGUAACCACUCUUCUACAAUAGUAUGAGUUAUGGAGUGAGACAAGGGUAAUGGAUAAGGGAAUAGAAGGAGUUAAGCAAGUUCUGUAUUUAGACUUAGUUUCCCUGUUGUUAAUUUUUAUUAUUUUUCCCUCCUGUAUUUACUUUAUGUGCAUUUAAUCCACAUGUUUUGUCCUGUUUACAUGUUCAUGCUCAUGUUUUCCUGCAUCUGUGAGCUUAUUAUUCUUAUGUUAUUUUCUGUAAAAUUAAAUGAGGGCUGGCAUUGCAACAUGAUAUAUGUAAUAUCAUCUUUUGCUCGAUAAAAAAUACCUGGGAAAGAAUAUAAUAAUUGCCUGCCUCCUGUGGAGCUCAGCCCAGCGGUUGUGAUAUUCAGGCAGAGUGCGCCCUCUGGUGGAAGAGUCGGUAACGUCCCGCCUCUCUGAUUGGAUAACGUAAGAUAACGUGAUGACGUUUUGUUGUUGUGCGGGAAGCUUUGAUCCAUGUGGGUGGUCCAGCCGGAUAAAUACGAUGCUACGUAGCGCUUCAUUCAUAAACACCGCCAGCCUGUUGCUGAAGAGAUACACAUGCGUACACUGAUUGUUGUACACAUGAAUGCAAACGUCUCCACUGACUACAUGUUGCAUCUGGAGCUGAAUAAAUGUACUGUUAAUGUUUUCAGCAGUGUAAUUAUGAGUAAAACGUACGUACAUUGUCACAACAAGCUACUCACCAUGGAGAAAUAACGCUAACUGCGACAUGAACACAAGGCGAUUCCCACCCCGGGGACCACCCACACACUGCAGGAGUCUGCGAGGAGAGGGAGUUGAAGCUGAGGUGGGAGGAGGACGCCAUUGCAGCCGCAGCUGGCCGUCUGAGAGACAAACGUUAUCAAACUUCACAAUGUCGGGGGGCUUUUGAGACACUUAAUUCAGAUUCAGCCCCCUGUUACUGGGUUAUAGUGUGGACACGGACGAGUAGGAUGGACGGUUGGCCUUUGACGGGGGGAAAAUGUGGAGCCACAGCGCCGAGCCGAAGCAGUCUCCAACCAUUCCUUCACCUGUCUGGUGGCCCAGCCUCUCACCAUGAACAUCAGUAGGAACUGCACCACAGCGGGGAAUGGUGAGGGCCUGGCCGCCCUGGAGUCGGUCUCCAUUGUGACCAUCACGCUCCUCGCCUGCCUUGGAAACCUCCUGAUAGUGGUGACCCUGUAUCGCAGGCCUUACCUGCUCACGCCCAGCAACAAGUUUGUGUUCAGCCUGACCCUGUCCAACCUGCUGCUGUCCGUGCUGGUGUUGCCGUUUGUGGCCGUGAGCUCGGCAAAGAGGGAAUGGGUGUUUGGGGUGGUGUGGUGUAACUUCACUGCCCUGCUCUACCUGCUCAUCAGCUCUGCCAGCAUGCUCACCCUUGGUGCUAUUGCCAUUGACAGGUACUACGCAGUGCUUUACCCAAUGAUCUACCCCAUGAAGAUCACAGGAAACCCGGUGGUUGUCAUCGCCUAUGUGUGGCUGCACUCCCUGGUGGGCAGUCUGCCUCCUCUUUUCGGCUGGUCCUCCUUUGAGUUUGACUGCUUCAAGUGGACCUGUGUUGCAUCUUGGCACAGAGAGCCGAGCUACACCGCCUUCUGGGUCACCUGGUGCAUCCUCCCCCCCUUGUUCAUCAUGCUGGCUUGUUACGGUGUAAUUUUCCGCGUGCGUAUGAAAGCCAGGAAAGUACACUGUGGGACAGUUGUCGUGGCCCAGGAUGACUCCACUGGAGCUCAGAGGAAUGGACGCAAAAACUCAAGCACCUCGACUUCCUCUAAUGGUAGCCGGCGGAGCCUGGUGUACGCAGGGAGCCAGUGCAAGGCCUUUGUAACCAUCUUAGUGGUGAUCGGCACCUUCCUCAUGACCUGGGGGCCGUAUGUUGGGGUGGUGUGCACGGAGGCUUUGUGGGGACAAGGGAGUGUGUCUCAGGGACUGGAGACUUUGGUAGCAUGGCUGUCUUUCUGCAGCGCGGUGUGUCACCCUCUCAUCUAUGGUCUGUGGAAUAAGACGGUGAGGAAGGAGCUGCUGGGGAUGUGUUUCGGAGAUCGCUACUAUAGAGAGUCGUUUGCCACGCGGCAAAGGACGUCCCGCCUCUUCAGCAUCUCCAACAGAAUCACAGAUUUGGGUAUGUCCCCACACCUGACAGCCAUGCUGGCUGGUGGAGGGCAUCUGCUGGCCCCAGGGAGCAGCACAGGAGAUACUGGCUUCAGUUUCACUCAGGACUCAUGCACAGACGUGAUGUUGCUGGACAACUUCUCCACAGAUGGCUCGUCAUACCCACAGAACCACGGGAAUCUGUCUGGAAAGAGGAGGAGCUCUGUCACCUUUGAAGACCAGGUGGAGCAAGCUAAAGCUGAAAACACCAACACAUCCUCAGUUCAGGUCCAUGCAGAGGUGCACAAAUCUCUCGAUACCUUCGCUUCCUGUCUGGCGAAGGCUAUAGAGAGCGACGCUAAGCUAACCCUGUUUGGGGAGGGUCUGGCUCUGCCAGGGGGACUGUUUACAACCAGGGCAGCACCGAGACCCAGAUACCUGGACGGUCAGAGACUGAGGCUUGAAAGUAUCGAUGAAGGGAUUGUUAAAGAUGACAGAGAUGAUGAAGACGAAGAGCAGGACGUGGAGGAAAAACCGGCCUGAGCACAGCAGGUCUGUUCAUUUGUCGAACAUGUUAAAUAUUCCGUACUCAGUUUAUCAGUGAACUGCAAGGGUCUCACACCCUCAACACCACUAUAUGUGACCAUCCGGAGCGGUCUGUGGUACAGUUCAUGAAGUCUGAUCUCUCUACACGUGGGUACUCCAUACUUGAAAUUAUUAGGAAACAGGA